CCAUUGUGCGCCGCUGCCCCGUGUCUCCUCCAGCGCGACCAUGCCCAGGAAGAAGGCGGCGGCGGCGGCCUGGGAGGAGCCGAGCUCGGGCAAUGGCACGGCCCGCGCCGGGCCCAGGAAGCGCGCGGCGGGCUCAGGCCACCCAAGCCCUCUCCCGGACCUACCUCCCAUCGAGGGAGAGGUGUUUCCCUCCUGGUUCCCCAUGGCCGUCAGGCACAGCGGGCAGCCUGGAGGGCUGAAGGGGAAAGCCGACUGGAUCACUGCUGUGCAGGAAUGGUGGCAGGACCCUGGAGUCGUGCCCCUGGCGUCCAUGCCAGGUGGCCGGGCCUCCAGCGGAUGGCUGUGGAAGAAACUUGAAGGGUCUAAGUGCAAAGGGCAGCUUUUGAUUUUUGGGGCAACCAACUGGGACUUGAUUGGUCGAAAAGAAGUGCCUAAGCAACAAGCUGCUUACCGCAAUCUCGGUCAGAAUCUGUGGGGGCCUCACAGGUAUGGGUGCCUGUCAGGGGUCCGGGUGCGGACGGUGGUUUCGGGUUCAUGUGCUGCCCACAGCCUCCUCAUCACCACAGAAGGGAAGCUGUGGAGCUGGGGUCGAAAUGAGAAGGGGCAGCUGGGUCACGGUGACACCAAGAGAGUGGAAGCCCCAAAGCCCGUCGAGGGUCUCAGCCAUGAGGUGAUUGUGUCUGCGGCCUGUGGGCGGAACCACACGCUGGCUUUGACGGAAACGGGCUCUGUGUUUGCAUUUGGAGAGAACAAGAUGGGACAGCUAGGCCUCGGCAACCAGACAGACGCCGUUCCGAGCCCUGCACAGAUAAUGUACAACGGCCAGCCAAUUACCAAAAUGGCCUGCGGGGCUGAAUUCAGUAUGAUAAUGGACUGCAAAGGAAACCUCUAUUCCUUUGGGUGCCCUGAAUAUGGUCAGCUGGGACACAACUCGGACGGGAAGUUCAUCGCGCGGGCGCAGCGCAUCGAGUACGACUGCGAGCUGGUGCCACGGCGAGUGGCCAUCUUCAUCGAGAAGACGAAGGAUGGGCAGAUCCUGCCGGUGCCCAACGUGGUUGUGCGCGACGUGGCUUGUGGUGCCAACCACACGCUGGUCCUGGACUCCCAGAAGCGCGUCUUUUCCUGGGGCUUUGGGGGCUACGGCCGGCUGGGUCACGCCGAGCAGAAGGACGAGAUGGUGCCCCGCCUAGUGAAACUGUUCGACUUCCCGGGACGUGGGGCAUCGCAGAUCUACGCCGGCUACACCUGCUCCUUUGCCGUCAGCGAAGUGGGGGGUCUGUUUUUCUGGGGGGCCACCAAUACAUCCCGUGAAUCCACCAUGUACCCGAAGGCUGUACAGGAUCUCUGCGGCUGGAGAAUCCGGAGCCUGGCUUGUGGGAAGAGCAGCAUCAUCGUGGCCGCGGACGAGAGCACCAUCAGCUGGGGCCCAUCACCCACCUUCGGGGAGCUGGGCUACGGGGACCACAAGCCCAAGUCUUCCACCGCAGCCCAAGAGGUGAAGACGCUGGACGGCGUGUUCACAGAGCAGGUGGCCAUGGGCUAUUCGCACUCCUUGGUGAUAGCGAGAGAUGAGAGUGAGACCGAGAAGGAGAAGAUCAAGAAACUGCCAGAGUAUAACCCCCGAACCCUCUGACUCGCCCGGGUCCCCCCACUCCACCUCUGCGGCAGCUGUCAUUCCAUGCACUGGGACGGGAAAUCGAGCGCGGAAUCUAAAAAGCAAAGGUUGACCGAAGGCGCAUUUUUGUUAGCCUCCCUGAGGUUCCGUUCUAUAAGUGAUCCAACGUCAACUACCUUCUCUGUAUGCUUUCCAAAGUGUUUUUUUCUCUUACUUUUUGAUUAAAAUAUUUGCUCAUAGUUGACCUACCAUUCCUACAAAAGAGGCAGAAACUUUGAGCAAUCUAGGCUUUUUUUAAGUUGUUUCUUUUUUUCCUGCUCCCACACACACUUCUCAGAGCCCCCUCUCCAGUUGUAAUCAACGUCGUGAUCCGAAUGGGUGUUACCUGGGACAGGCGCCACCACUUAGCCAGCAGCGCUAGUGGCCCUGGGGGUACCGGCAGCAUCCAGGCAAAGACUCCCCCCAGAACCUCGCCCGCAUGCUACGGAAGCAUCUGGUAGCUUUCCCCUGGCCGCUCGGACGUCCUCUACUGCCUUUGGCUGCAGCAUCAGUAGAGCCGGCCGCUUCCCCCGGUGGGGCGCUGGGCCUGUGUCUAGCCGUUCGUCUCUGCUUUGUCCAUAAAAGAAGUCCAAGUGGAAAUCAGGUGGUCGUGGAACCAGUGGGCCCGAGCAGCGAGCGGAGGCGGGACGCUGCUUCGGGGCAGACCGGCUUCAGCUCCGCGGCUUCUCGCCGCUGGCGCGCACUGGAGCUGCCCGGCCCGCAGCAGGAAGCGCUCUGGAGCCCCUGCCGAGGAGGAGCGGCCCGUUCCGGGCCAGGCUUUGUCGCCCUGCGCCUCUGUCUGUGCCGCCGCUGGCCGGAUCCUGCUAGAACGGCCUGUUGGGUUCUGAGACCGGGCGCCUGCUCUGCUCACCCGCCUCCAGUCGCAUUUGCUUGGCUUUGGUACCAAAUAGCUGGGAUUGCCGAAGAAGUCCCCUCCCCGCGUGUCGGCACAGACAGCGUGACUGCCCCGUCAGCCCACGAGUGCCCUGUGCCCAGCUCGUCCCGGUCGCGCUGCUCUGCGUGAGCUACGAGGUGCCUUUGCUCUCGCUCGGACCCGAGAGGGGGGCCGCUCCGGCUGGGCUCUGGGUUUCGAGAGGGUCUGGACUGGUUUGGGUGCUUUAAAAUAGAUUUUUUAGUUCAGUGGUGCUUACGGGGGAGAUGGGGGUAGAACUUCAGUGUGAGAUUUGGGUGGAUGGGAAGGUUAAAGGUUAAAUAUUGGUCUUACUCUUUUUUUGCUUUGCUAUUGUUACCACUUGUCACUGUCUCGAUGUUAAAAUGCCAAAAAUGAUCUAGUCGUUGCUUUUUUCCCCCUUACUCACCCCCCCCCCCCCAUGGCUCCUUACAGUGGCUUCUGCCUUUGAGGGCAUUGAGCAGGCUCUGUCUGGCCAGUCCCCCCCCCUGGGGCCGCGUGUAAGGAGAUUGGCCGAAGCUCCAGUCUGGUUUUGUGCUCACCUCCACCAUCCAGCCGGUAGUCUGGGAAGGACGCUUCUGCUAAACUAACCUCGUUGGUCCAAAUCACCCCAAGCCACCGUCUCUGGCUCAAGCUUUCGCGCGUGGAGCCCUCCGGUUCCCUGGACGAGUCUCGUGGAAGGGAGUGUGGGCGCACCUGCCCCAGGGCCCGGGCCACCUGUCUUAUGUGAUGGCCAGGGGCCAGGGUGGUGGGAGCUGAGACCGAGCUCUGGCCUCUGCCAGGGCUGCCCCCACCGUCCGUGGGUCUGCCGUCUGCCUGGGGACUGCCUGAAGCCCAUGGCCAGCCAAUCCUAGAAAGUAGCCCCUGGCCAGGGACUGGAGCAGAAAGGGCGCGUCCUUCCGAGUGAGGCCCUGUCCUCUCAAAGCCGUUUUUUUGGCUUUGAAUUUUAAAUGACCUUCCUACUAGGGAGAGAACUCUAGAAAAGGAGGCAGUGUUCCUGUACUCCGAGAGAAAGGUACAGAGGGCCCUGGGCAGGAUGGGUAUUAGGUGCUGACCCUUUGGGCAGCCGACGUCUUCCAGCUGAGGAGGCUUGGAGGGAAAGGGGAUCCAAGAAAAGGAGGUGAUUUGGUGAAGGUGCCUGGUUUAGUGCUGUAAUUGUCUUAUUUUUUUUUUUUUAUAUAUAUAUUCUUGGAGUAAACAU